CUGUGAGGUGAUGCACACUGUUUACUUGGAAAAUACCAUUUACAUAUAAAUCCUGUAAAGGUAUGUAUUUUAUUGAACUGUUCCAAAUGCUUGUCUGCCCCCUACACGACAUUCAUAUGAUUUAAAAAAAAAAAAAAAAAACCUUGAAGGUGUUGUCCGUGAUUCUAAUCCAGUACAUUUAUGUCGAACUCGGCGAUUUGAAAAAAAGUGUUGAUACAUAGUCCUGGCUCUGUAAAUGGGAAACAACCGGUGGUUCGGGCUGAGCCAUACACAACACUCAAUUUUUCCAGCACAGAUUAGUUGUUCCAGGAGCACAAAAGGAAGAAGUAUAAUUUGAUUGGCUGUCGAGCUCAAAUAUCAAUUUCUUGCUAGAAUCGCGGAAUGAGCUUUUAAGUGUCCUUGUUGCUGUGUAAUCUGGUUUGGGACGGAUGCACGUUUAGCAAUGCCUCAAGUUACCACAAGGGGGCAUCCAGAUGUUGGCGCGUACCUGUGGCUUGAUUUCCUCACCUUUCACCACGUUUGCCCUGCUUGUGUUCAAGUGCGACUAGUCAACUAACUCCACCCAUUCACACUCCCAGUUCCACUCCCAAGCACAAGCGGUCGAUGGAAAUCCACUGCAUUGGAGUCUAAGAGAGCAAAAAGUUCUCACCGUGCUGGACCGCACAUACUUUUGUUGCCUCCCUCAAAGGAUCUUUUCUACUAGAACACAGGGUUUCAUUCAAGCACCCUAAAGAACCUACUUGCAAUGAACUGGUCAGCUCUACAAGGCCUCAUUAGUGGGGUCAACAAAUACUCUACGGCAUUUGGCCGUGUUUGGCUGUCCAUCGUUUUUAUCUUCCGAAUCAUGGUAUUCGUGGUCGCAGCCGAGAAGGUUUGGGGUGAUGACCAGAAAGACUUCAAGUGCAACACGGCACAGCCCGGCUGCCACAAUGUCUGCUACGACCACUUCUUCCCUGUGUCCCACAUCCGGCUGUGGGCCUUACAGCUCAUCUUUGUCACCUGCCCCUCCUUCUUGGUGAUGAUGCAUGUGCAAUAUCGAGAGGAACGUGAACGAAAGAACCGUCUCAAGUACGGCGAGGACGUCAAGCGUCUCUACCUGAACACAGGCAAGAAGCGCGGAGGCCUGUGGUGGACCUACGUCCUCACCCUCGUCUUCAAGAUGGCAGUAGACGCCACCUUCGUCUACCUGCUCUACCACAUCUACGAGGGCUACGACUUCCCGUCGCUAAUCAAGUGCUCGCAGGCGCCAUGCCCUAACCUAGUGGACUGCUUCAUCUCUCGGCCCACAGAGAAGCGCAUCUUCACCCUCUUCAUGGUGAUCUCCAGCCUGGUGUGCAUCAUACUCUGCUUAAUUGAGACCAUCUACCUGGUGGGCAAGCGCUGUGUGAAGAUUGGCAGCCGGAUGCAAUCCUCUCGGAAAAUGCAGAUGACGGCCUCCAUGAUGAAUGUCAGGAACCCGAACAUGUUGGUGUUGGAGCCCCUCAGUGACAAGCGGCCCAACAAAGAAGCUGUUAGUCCAGCACCAUCCUACAGUGUAGCCAUGUCCAAGACAUGAGCUCACUCACAGUCAGAGACAGAGACACAGAUGAACAAAGUCAUAAAUACAGGCACAGCACUCCAUUUGCUCUAUGUUUUUUUUAUACAAUCUUUAAUUCUUCCGUGUAAAUGCCAUACCAUACAGUUUCCUUUGGUUUUCAUUGUACUCUCUAUAUAUGCACUGAAACUGAAGCUCGGAUCACUGGUGUGGCCAGGAAUUAAAUGGCCAAGGUGAAAACCAGUCCCUUCCUUCUCUACCCUACCACAUUCCGUUCUUCCGUUCCGCUCCUCACUAUAUGUAAACCAAGUACACACCCUGUGGUACAGUUUGGUUGAAGGCAAAUAAACUCUCCUUUGUAAAGAAUCCAUCAUUUCCAGACAAGAAAACGACACAAAUUGACCCUGAACAUUUUUUUGCUGUGGUAUUUGUUCAGUGACACACCUCUGCAAUAGCAAGAUUAAAACCAAACUCGUUGUGUGUUCCAGUAUAAAAAAAGUGUUUGAUUGCAUUUAUACUUGUAUAUCUUGUGUAUAAGCAAAAUACUCACUGGUGUGAUUGAAGUGAGGACCAGAUACAACUCAAACUGCCCUGGAGUGAAUUUAUUUGUGCUAUGACCAAAAGAAAUGCUGUCAAACCACCUUCCACAUAGCCUUAACCUUUCUGCCAGUUUAAUAUCUCAUACUGCCAUGUGUUUUAUGCCAUGUUUGCGUGGCCACUUUUAUUUUUAUGAAGUGUAAAUUAUUCUUAUUUUUUUUGUAAUACUGUAUUCUGAGUUGCACCUUGUUUAAUGUUGUUCUGUUAUAUUUUGGGUGUUUUUUAAAAGUUCCUGAGGGCAUAAAGGCGACUGGUUUCCCUGCUCUCUCAACUAGCAGCACUGGUAAUACAAGGAACGAGAAUUCCAGAUCAAUACGAAUGCUCUUGCUUUCUAGGUUCUUGCGGUGGAGUUUUACCAUGUGGACAUCCAACUCCUUUUGGCAGGGAAAGCCAAAUCUAAACUGAACUUUGCUUGUUUACGUACAUGUUUUACAUGUAAACUGUCUUUCUAAAUGUGUUGUUUACAAGUUUGUGUAUCCUUCAAAUUCAGUCUGACAUUUUCGAGUGGUUUGGUUGCGUUAACAUUUCCGAAAUAUGAGGAAAUAUAAAUCUGUCGAUUCAUGUUGAUGUCAAGAUGAUUCAUUUGAACUUGCAUGAUGUGUUUAGUUCUGAAAGUACGAAAAUCCUAGUAAUCAUAGUAUAGUCUAUGAUUCUGGCAUUUGAGGCAUUCUAACACCUAGUAAGACCAAAGGGCCUUUAGAUCAAAUAAUUUGUGUUUCUUAAUUUUGAGUGAGCCUUUUUUGUUUAUUUGUAUUAGCUUUUAUUUACAUGAUGUGGUAAAUAGAUAAGAACCAGUUAAACGUCUUUAGCUAUCAUGUCUCCAUCAUCCAUGCAUAACACUGGAAAGAGGCGUGAAAAUAAACGGC